UUGAUGCCACCGCUCGCCAUCCAACUGCAUCUUUUAACAUGGGUUCCUUCGCCAUCUCCCCUUCUCCCGCCGUCUUCCCCUCCCACCACCGGCCGCGCCCGCCACCAGCCCGUAGCUUUCCGGCGAUCCCACGGUCUCUCUCUCCGGCCAAAACCUUAUUCUCAGAAAGAAGGAUCUUCUUCGCCGCCUCGCCGAACCCCGUCCGAUCCGGCCGGAGACCUAUCUCCGCCAUGGCCUCCGAAGCGACCUCCGUCGAGGUGGAGACGACGACGGGAAAGAAGGAGCUUCUGGUCUUCGAGAGCGAGGAGGAGCUUGCCGUCUCUCUGGCGAAGCACACGGCGGAGCUGUCGGAGAAGUAUGCCCAAGAGAGGGGAGCCUUCACCUUGGUUAUCUCCGGCGGGUCUCUCAUCAAAUCCCUCAGGAAGUUGGUGGAGCCUCCGUAUCUGGAAUCGGUGGAUUGGACAAAGUGGCACGUCUUCUGGGUGGAUGAGAGGGUGGUGCCGAAGGACCACGCUGAUAGCAACUAUAAACUAGCUUAUGAUGUGUUUCUUUCUAAGGUCCCAAUUCCUCCAGGUCAGGUUUAUGCUAUCAAUGACUCCUUAUCAGCUGAGGGUGCUGCUGAUGACUAUGAGACCUGCCUGAAACAACUGGUUAAGACGGCGGUGGUGGCAGUAUCCUCGGCAACUGGGUUCCCAAAAUUUGAUCUGAUGCUGUUGGGAAUGGGCCCAGAUGGUCAUGUCGCUUCUCUUUUUCCUGGGCACCCUCUCCUCAAUGAAAACCAGCGGUGGGUAACCUUCAUUAAGGACUCCCCAAAGCCACCGCUGGAGAGAAUAACAUUCACACUCCCAGUAAUUAACUCAUCAGCGUAUGCUGCACUUGUGGUUGCUGGAUCUGGUAAAGCUGGCGCAGUGCAUAAGGCUCUAGGGAGCAAACAAAGUUCUUCAGAUUUGCUGCCUGUUGAGAUGGUUUCACUUGAGGAUGGUAAGUUCACUUGGUUUACAGACAAAGCUGCCAUUUCAAUGUUGCAGGAAAAAGCAUGUCCGUAAUUGUGUAAAUCAAGGAUAUCUUCUAUGGUAAUAGUUACCUCCACAACUUUUCUGUGGGACUAGUGUUGUUCAAAAGUUUAGGUGUGUGCUUUGGCAUAGUUACGACUGUGGUUCAUGCAGAGAGAAUAUAAAUGUUGAAGUUGCUUGUUUUUGUUUCCAAUAAUGUUCGUUUAUUGUUCUCCU